AUGAAUAUGUUUCGUGAAGCUGACUUGAUUGUGACGCCAACCUGCACAGAGGGAUUUGGCCUGAUUGCUCUUGAAGCAAUCUCAGCUGGUUUUCCUGUGCUUGUUUCUAGUGAAUUUGGAAUAACAAAAGCUCUACAAAGUGUGAAUGUCUGAGGUUGUUGCCUCAGACUCACCAAAGGAAGAGGAAGGCCAAGGGUAGCAGGCAAUCAAUGGUCGCUACCUAUAAAGGAAAUUUACAGGCAGUGAAAUUCAAAUGA